AUGCAAUUCAUCAAGUUAUUCAUUACUGCUGCUGCCACUUUCAUGUUAGCUGUCAAUGCUGCUCCAAUUGCUGCUGCCGAAGCUGAAGCUCGUGAAAAUCCACACCAAAUUAGCCCUGGUCAACAUUCUCAUCCAUUAGGAAGUAAUGAGGAAAUAGCUGCUGAUGAUCGCAAACAAGCUCUCAAACUACUAGAGAAAGAAAAACAAAAAGAGACCAAAUUAUCGAAUGAAUACAACCUGCAAGACACAAGUUUGACUGCCGAUGAAAAAUUAGCUGCCUGA